UUUGUAAACAGUUGACAAAAAAAACAUAUUUUGUAAACAUUAUUUUCAUUAAUAAUAUUAAAUUACAAUUGGGGCCAUAUCAAAUAGCCUCGAACUCAAAUUGUAAUUUACAUUUGGUAUGUUGCUAAAAAAAAUUACAUUUGGUAUCACAUAUUUUGUUGCUUUUGUUUUUGUAUCUCUACUCUCAGUUCUAAGUCCUACCAAAUCACUUGUUAAAGAAAAAGAAAAAACAAAUUUCUAAACCAUAUAUGGAUAGAUCAUAGAUGUGGCUAUGUGAGUAAACAUCCCUAUUGUAAAUAACACUUCAAAAUUAUAAACACACGGACACGUAAAUCAACAUACAAAAAUAGAUAAGAAAAAUAUAUUCAAUUAUCAUAAAAUGUUGUAGAUUCUUUAAACCUUUUCUAAUAAAUAAAACACUAUAUUCAACUACCAUAAAAUAUUGUAGAUUCUUUAACCUAUUCUGAUAGAAAGUUGUAUUGUUUACAAUUCAAUUCUAUUCGAAAAAAGAUAAUUAAUGUUUAUCAGUAUAUUCCUAUUUCCAUUUCUACAAAGAAAUUGUUAGUCAAGCCUUUGAAUUUUACACCAGUGACUGGCUCACUGCGCUUGCGUUACAGUAUAGAGAAAGUAGCCGUUUGGUGCCAAAAUGUUACAUGCACGAAUUAAAUUACAGAACAACAGUUUUUUUUUUUGGGUGCAAAACAGAACAACAGUUGAAAACUUAAACGCAGAGAAACGGUCGCGAUUGGCUUCAUCAAGUUUUUUUUUUUUAAUUUCUGAGACUAUAAAACAUUUUCUUUGCCGGCUAUAACCUGCCGGCGUAUCUUUGCAAUCUCACAACAUAAAACAUUUUUUAAUCAGCACACAUUCUUCAGAUAAAGAAAAGUUCUCCGUUACAAGAUAGAGACAAAAGCUAGUUUUCUUACAAUGCAAGUCUUCUUCUUCUUUUUCUCUUUGGUCCUCUGUUUCGCUCUGAUCUUCUCAGAAACUCUCGAAGACGACAAGAGAGCUUUGCUUGAUUUCUUGUCACAUUUCAGUUUACCUCUUCACCGUUGGAACCAGAGCUCUCCGACUUGCCAUCAGUGGACCGGAGUUACCUGCAGCCGAAACCGUAUCGUAUCCGUUAGAUUGCCUGGGGCUGGACUAAACGGUUUGAUCCCACCAUUCACCAUCACUCGUCUCUCUUCCCUCAAGAUUCUAAGCCUUAGAAACAACCAACUCUCCGGAGAGCUCUCUUCUGAUUUCGUCAACCUCAAGAACCUGACUCGUCUCUAUCUACAGCACAACCACCUCUCUGGUCCGUUACCAGCGAUCUUCUCGGAGUUAAAGAAUCUCAAGGUUCUUGAUCUUUCUAACAAUGGACUCAACGGAAGCAUCCCGACCUCUCUUUCACGUUUGACCAAACUUAGAGUCUUGAACCUUGCAAACAACUCGUUCUCAGGAGACAUUCCCGAUCUUGAUCUCCCAAACCUGAGGCAAAUCGACCUGUCUAACAAUAAACUCACCGGCGCAAUACCGAAGUCUCUUCGAAGAUUCAAACCUUCAGCCUUUUCUGGCAACAACGUAACAGUAAAGGAGACACAACACAAGACACCUUUCGGGUUAAGCCAGCUUGCUUUCUUGCUGAUUCUCUCGGCAGCUUGCAUUUUGGGUGUUUCCGGACUCUCCUGUAUAAUAAUGAUCACCUGUUUCGGGAAGUCUAGAAUCUCCGGGAAGUUUCGGAAGAGAGAAUCUCCAGGGAACUGGACAUCUAGAGACGAUGAUGACGCUGAAGAAGGAGGAAAGAUCAUCUUCUUCGGGGGGAAGAACCAUUUGUUUGAUUUAGACGAUCUGCUAAGCUCAUCAGCUCAAGUUUUGGGGAAAGGCGCCUUUGGUACAACCUAUAAGGUAACAAUGGAAGACACGAGCACAGUGGUAGUCAAGCGACUAAAAGAAGUUGUGGUGGGAAGAAGAGAGUUUGAGCAACAAAUGGAGAUCAUCGGCAUGAUUAGGCAUGAGAAUGUAGCUGAGCUAAAGGCUUACUACUAUUCUAAAGACGAUAAACUCGCUGUUUAUAGCUACUACACUCAAGGAAGCCUCUCCCAGAUGCUGCACGGAAACAGAGGAACGUAUGAUCGAGUACCUUUGAGUUGGGACGCUAGACUGAGAAUAGCAACUGGUGCAGCGAGAGGUUUGGCUAAGAUCCACGAAGGGAACAACGGGAGACUCAUCCAUGGGAACAUCAAGUCCUCAAACAUCUUCUUAGACUCGCAACGCUACGGCUGCGUCGGAGACAUUGGCUUAACAACCAUCAUGAGAUCUCUUCCUCAAAGGACUUGUCUUACGUCAGGUUACCACGCACCUGAAAUAACAGACACGAGAAGAAGCACGCAGUCUUCGGAUGUAUACAGCUUCGGGGUGGUUUUACUCGAGCUUCUGACGGGGAAGUCGCCAGCAAGUCGAGAGACGAAAGGUGGUGAGAAGAUGGAUUUGGCCACGUGGAUAAGGAAUGUGGUGGUGGAAGAGUGGACAGGGGAAGUAUUCGACAUGGAGAUUUUGAGCGAGUCGGGUGGGUUCGAGGAGGAGAUGGUUGAGAUGAUGCAAAUAGGGUUGGCUUGUGUUGCUGUGAAGCAACAACAACGACCUCAUAUAGCUCAAGUUGUGAAAAUGAUUAAAGAUAUUCGAUCAACUGAUGCAGAAUGAAGGAAUGAAACAUUAGAUCUUUUUUUUUUCCUUGAUAGAUCAAUUUGUUUA